GAUGAUGUGCGCCGUCAAUGAUGUGUCAUCGGUUGUGUGAGGAGAUGCAGAGCGGUGUGUGAUGUGGAAAUUUUCAUUGCAAAUGCUCUCCUCCAGUAUUGUGUGAGAUUUCUUUGGGGGAACAGAGUGCGGCCACAUCUCCGGCAACAAUGGCAUCACGCGGUGGACCAAUGGUCACCGGUACAGACGGAGCGGAUUUUCAGCAUCGACAGCGUGUCUCUGCCAUUUACCAAAUCAGUGCAAUCAACAAGUCACGUCUCAAGUACUGCAUCUUCUUCCACUACCUCCUCUUUUUUGCCAUGCUGGCGAAAUUGUGUUCAGAUAUUCUGGAUCGUCUGGACAUUUUUAUUCUUGAAAUUGAGGAACUCCAGGUGCCGGAUCCGCUGUGGUGGGAAUACAUUUGGUGCCUGUCGAUUGUUACAUCCUUCAUUGGGUUGUCCGCUGCAAAGGGGAAUCGCAUUAGGGAUAUGCAAAAGUACAUAAUUGCCCUUACUGUCUUCGGAAUUUUGCCCUUCAUCUAUGGCCUUGCGUACUACAUGAGUGAUGUCGUUGACUACCUAACAUUCGACAGUGAUGGAGAUGUUGAUAUUGAAGAUACGGACAUUUUCUUCUGGCAGGGACUUCCUUAUGGACUCCUGUGGUACGCCUUCAUUCUCGUUGGCAUGCAAAUUCACGGCUUCUCCAUCUAUUUUGCAUGGAAUCUAAUAAAGGCCUGGCAAUCACGAAGUGCUGCCCGGAAAGUACAAUAAAAUCCUCCUCACAGUGGCAACCACGUUCCUCUCAGUCGAGAUUUUUUUGAAAAGCAUAAAUGACAAAAUAAUGUCUUGAAGAAAGUCAUCUUCAUUAGGAAUUGUUCAAUUGAAAAUAUUUCGUGUUCAAUGUUAUAGAUGUUGUCGAAGAAAGUAAUCAUGUCGAUCUUUUUGGGAUAUUCAUAGAGGCUGAAGAGAAGUUGAUGAGAUUACUGAUUAAUUAUUUUGAGAGGGAAAUUAUUAACAAAGGAUUUUUCGUUGAGAUAAUGAAAGAGAAAUAAAAUGAAGGAGAUUAUUCACUUUUUCUCGUGAAAUGACUUAUGAGUGAAAAUUUUAAGAAGUUUAAAAAAUAUUCAAGAAAAGUUAACAGACUUUAUUUGUUACUAAAGGAUUAGUCCAGACUGGAAUUUAUUUAAUUUUUGUUGCAUAAAACAUUCAUCUUUUAUCGAUGUUUUCAAGACAUAAAUAUGAAAAAAGAAGCAAUGAAGCAUAUGCUUUGUACAUUUUAAAAGAAACUAACUGAGGUGAAAUGAAUAUUGAGAAAGUUCUUAAAUUCUCUUGAAGUUUUUUUCUUUAUUCAUAUAAAUAUGUCAAUGAAGUCAUUACAUACAUCUAAAUGAAUAAACUCCUUUAAAAUAAAUUAAGCUAAAAUACUCAAAGAAAUUUUCAAGAAAGGGUUUCUCCAACAAAAUAAUUUGCAUAAAAAACAUUUUCUCAUCAAUUUUUCUGCCUAAGUCAUUAGAAAAAAAAAAUUCUCUGUGUAUCACAAUCUAUGUAAAAAAAAAUGACACAAAAAACCCCAAAUAUCCCCUUAAAGAAAAAAUACUUAAAAUCGAAUUUUAUUGACAUUAAAAAAAAUCAACCAAGAUGUUUUUGCAAAAGGAAUUAGUGCCUGAAAAAUUAAAGGAAUGGAUAUUGGAAUAGAUUUUUGCAAAAACAUAACAUUUUGAAAUAUUAAAAAAACUGAGAAUUUGGUGCUUUCUUUGAUAAAUCCAAGAUCUAUAUACAAACUCUUUUAUUUGGUAAAUGGAAAUAAAAAUUAAUGGUGUUAUAAUAAUAAACUGUAAACUGAUUGUAAAAGUCUCAAGGAUGUGGACAAUUUAGAUUGAAAAUAUUUGUCUAGUGGAGCAAUUUUUCUUGUAUCUAGGGAUUGUUUUGCGUUUAAUAAAAAUGGAGAAAAAUGUAGAAAUAAAA